AUGUUCGACCCCGGCGGACAACUUCAACGAUUUGGUCAAAAAAUUGUUAUCCACAAACUUUCAUCUGUUUCAGCAACUGCACCAUGUGCUGAGAAAGUUUCUCAUCAGUUUCGUCAUCGAUCACUUGAAACUAACAAAAAACGAGCACAACGGCAAUCUGCAAAUAUCGUUCAUGUCAGUGUGCGACAACCAAAAAUCAAUCAGCCAAACAAUAAUAAACUUGCUGAUAAAAUCUUUUACUAGUAAGACAGUAUUUCAAAGCCUCAAACAUUUUGAAUUUUGCCUUUAUUUAUACAGUUCGCAACAAUUUUGAGUUUAUUCAACCAUCGCUUAAUAAGAGUUCAUCAGAAUGGUCGAAAUACAUGAUGCAUUCUCUGAAUGAGACAAAUGUCUCUUCACAUCGCUCAGCACUGUUACAAGAGAGAUUAAGAAAAAACUUUGAAACUUUGUUUUGAUCUACUAUUUUCGUGUAUCACUUCAUAAAAUCCAAAUAUAAAUUUCUUUUUAAAGCAAAUUUAGAAACUGACGUUCUUGUAUUAGUUUUGUUACGUUAAGGGGGGGCCCCCCCCCCGGGGGGGGGGGGGGGGGGGGGGGGGGGGGGGGGGGGGGGGGGGGGGGGGGGGGGGGGGGGGGGGGGGGGGGGGGGGGGGGGG